UCGGCGAAGGCUUUCGCUAACAUUACAUAGCGACCAGUCUGAGAGGCUGGGCGUGAUUAGUGGGAGACCAGUCAUGGCGGACGAACAAUCAGCGGAAAUGUUAAAAUUGCCUCCAGAAAGCUACACGGUCGGCUGGAUUUGUGCAAUACCAUGUGAAUUGACCGCCGCACGGGAAUUACUUGACGCAUGCCAUGAGCAGCUGGAAAGCCAGGCCAAGUACGACGAAAAUAACUACAUAUUAGGGCGAAUGGGGAAGCACAAUGUGGCCAUUGCCUGCCUCCCGGAGUAUGGGACCAACCGCGCGGCUAUUGCUGCGAAAUCGAUGCAAUCUACAUUUCCGAAUUUGAGAUUUGGCGUGCUGGUCGGUGUUGGAGGUGGUGUGCCGAACGCGGAGAAUGACAUUCGACUUGGUGAUAUUGCUGUGUCCCUACCAUCUGAACAGGGUGGGGGAGUAAUGCAGUAUGACUUAGGUAGACGGGAAGUUGACGGCUUUCGUCGUCGAGGUGCUCUAAACAAGCCUCCUGUGUUGCUGAGGACGGCUAUUAGUAACUUGAGAGCUAUGCGUAAGCUGCCGCAAGAGAUUUCAAGCCUGGUGAACGAAACAUUUGGCGGGGAGGAAGAUUUGGAAGAGGAGUGGACCUAUCCCAGCAACUCAAAGGACAUCUUAUACGAGGCCACCCACAAACAUAUCGAUAAGAAUCCUGAUUGCAAUGCCUGUGCCAGAGAUCUGACUGGAGUAGUGACCCGGGACCCACGCCGCAGCACAAAUCCCAGAAUCCACUAUGGCAACAUUGGCUCGGGGAACUCGGUGAUAAAGGAUGCCCGAGAGCGGGACUUCCUGGCGAAAAGAGACAACAUCCUCUGCUUUGAGAUGGAAGCCGCCGGCUUGAUGGAUGAUUUUCCCUGUGUGGUCAUCCGGGGGAUCUGUGAUUACGCUGAUUCGCAUAAAAACAAGAAAUGGCAGCCAUACGCGGCGGCUAUUGCUGCUGCGUAUGCGAAGAAACUCCUGUCUGUGAUUUCCCCUCAAGCAGUUGACAAGCUAAGUCCAAUCGGAACCGAAAUUCUUGGCGAACUGAAAGGUAUGAAUGAACGCCUGGAAAAGGCAUUAAAUCAAAAGGAGAGUUACCAUCGCGAACAGAUCACGAGAGCUUUGACUGAAGAUCAACACCGCUGUUUACAAGCAUUCAAGACGUCAAGAUAUGAGCAAUAUAAAGAUAUCAAUCCUAAUCGAGUCGAAGGGACAUGUGAGUGGGUUCUGAAGAGUUCAGAGUACCGGCUUUGGUGGGAGAGCAGCAGUAAUGAUCUUCUAUGGAUCUCAGCUGAUCCGGGAUGUGGUAAAUCGGUCCUGGCCAAGUCACUGAUUGACGAGUUCUUCCCGGUUUCUGCACCAACGGUGUCAAUUUGUUAUUUCUUUUUCAAGGAUAAUGAGGAACAGAACAACCUGGCCACUGCAUUGUGCGCUAUCUUGCAUCAGCUGUUUACUUUGCAGCCACAUUUGUUGCGAUAUGCCUUGCCAUUCUGGGAAAAGAAUCGCGAGAAAAUCCAGCAAGAAGUGGAAGAUUUGUGGCAUAUUUUCAUAGCCACCAUGUCUGAUCCAGCAUUAGUGAACAUGAUCUGUGUCUUUGACGCUCUAGAUGAGUGUCAGAGGUCGGGCCAGAAACAGCUCUUUGGGAAGCUUCAACAGUAUUAUGCCAAACAUCGACUAUCUCCGCCGAGAAACUGGCUAAAGUUCCUGAUGACUAGUCGACCAUAUGAUGAGAUCGAAGAAGAUUUUCAGCCCAUCAUUGAAUCGUUCUCUCAAAUUCACCUGCGAGGCGAGGAAGAAAAUGAUCAGAUCCAUGAUGAAAUUAGUCUUGUUGUAAAGAUUCGGGUAUCCGAACUUGGCAAGCAGUUGAAACUGAAGGCUGUGGCGAAGGCACGGUUGGAGAAAGCACUGCUAGAAAUGGAGCACCGCACAUAUUUAUGGUUGUAUUUGGCGAUCGAUGACAUCCGUACCAUGUUCAAAGACAGUCUUCGGCCGGAUGAAGAGUCCAUUCCCUUGAUUCCCAAAUCGGUGAAUGAAGCGUAUAGAAAGAUUCUAGACCGUGUGACUCCCGGACAAGAAGCAACCGUAAAAACGAUAUUACACAUCAUCGUUGGCGCACGACGGCCAUUGACUAUUAUGGAAAUGGCAAUGGCCUUGGGAGUGGCUACUGCAACGCAUGCGCGAACUGCGGAGGAGGCUAGACUUGAGCCAGAAGGACUCCGUGAAAAGAUCCGGCGACUGUGCGGGCUCUUCGUUUUUAUCAAAGAUUCCCGAAUCUAUCUUAUUCAUCAAACCGCUAGGGAAUUUCUAAUCAACCAAGUUCCCGGAUCUCUCAGCCACAAAUGGUAUCUUCAACCCAGCGAUACGGAAAUCCGGCUCGCGCAAAUUUGCAUUCAAUACUUAUUAAUGGAUGACCUAGUCGGCCAUGAGCAAGAAGCAAAUCUAGAAAGCUUGCUGGAAUAUUCUGCCCAGAACUGGCCUGAUCACUUCCGACGAGUUCCCUCACUGAUGCCUGAACUGGUAGCGUCUGUCAUUCAAUUAUACGAUUAUGUCACUGGACGAUUGACUUUAUGGUUUCCUAUCUUCUGGGAAACGGUAAUGCCGUAUCGUGAAAGACCUCGGAUGAGCGCGCUUCACCUAUCCGCGUUUAAUGGGCACGAUGUUGUGAUACACAAACUGAUCACAGAUGGCAAAAGCGUAAUCAAUGAGCGAGAUAGUACAGGAGCAACUGCGCUUCAAUGGGCAUCUCGUCGUGGACAUUCUAAGAGUGUACAGCAAUUGUUGGAGAAGGGAGCCGACGUCAAUGCUCAGGGUGGACUCUAUGGCAACGCUCUCUACGCUGCUGCUUCUAAAGGAUAUGUUGAGAUCGUGCAGAGAUUGCUAGAGAAAGGAGCUGAUGUCAAUGCUCAAGGUGGAAGAUAUGGCAAUGCUCUCUAUGCUGCUUCUUCUGGAGGAUAUGUUGAGAUCGUGCAGCGAUUGCUAGAGAAAGGAGCUGAGGUCAAUGCUCAAGGUGGAUUCUACGGCAAUGCUCUCUAUGCUGCUUCUUCUGGAGGACAUGUUGAGAUUGUGCAGCGAUUGCUAGAGAAAGGAGCUGAGGUCAAUGCUCAAGGUGGAUUCUAUGGCAAUGCUCUCCAGGCUGCUUCUUCUGGAGGACAUGUUGAGAUUGUGCAGCGAUUGCUAGAGAAAGGAGCUGAGGUCAAUGCUCAAGGUGGAUUCUAUGGCAAUGCUCUCCAGGCUGCUUCUUCUGGAGGACAUGUUGAGAUUGUGCAGCGAUUGCUAGAGAAAGGAGCUGAGGUCAAUGCUCAAGGUGGAUUCUAUGGCAAUGCUCUCCAGGCUGCUUCUUCUGGAGGACAUGUUGAGAUUGUGCAGCGAUUGCUAGAGAAAGGAGCUGAGGUCAAUGCUCAAGGUGGAUUCUAUGGCAAUGCUCUCCAGGCUGCUUCUUCUGGAGGACAUGUUGAGAUUGUGCAGCGAUUGCUAGAGAAAGGAGCUGAGGUCAAUGCUCAAGGUGGAAGAUAUGGCAAUGCUCUCUACGCUGCUGCUUCUAAAGGAUAUGUCGACAUUGUGCAACUGCUAUUAGACAAAGGAGCAGAUGUCAAUAUGUCGGACGGGCCUCACCCUUACGGUGAACAUGGCAACCAUGCUCUCAUAGAUUAUCAAUUCCAGCUCAUGCUGCUUGAACGGCAGAAUAAAAGACGCUUGGUGAUGGCUCGUCAAGAGCAGCUGUCGUCAGUCCAAAGAGAAAAUGCUCUGAAAGAAGCUGAAGUCAAUGCUCAAGGUGGAUUCUAUGUCAAUGCUCUCUAUGCUGCUUCUUCUCGAGGAUAUGUUGAGAUCGUGCAGCGAUUGCUAGAGAAAGGAGCUGAUGUCAAUGCUCAAGGCAGGCUAUAUGGUAAUGCUCAAGGCAAGUUAUAUGGCAAUGCUCUCCAGGCGGCUUCUGCAGAAGGACAUGUUGAGAUCGUGCAGAGAUUGCUAGAGAACGGAGCUGAAGUCAAUGCUCAAGGCAGGAUAUAUGGCAAUGCUCAAGGCAAGUUAUAUGGCAAUGCUCUCCAGGCGGCUUCUGCAGAAGGACAUGUUGAGAUUGUGCAGAAAUUGCUAGAGAAAGGAGCUGACGUCAAUGCUCAAAGUGGAUUCUAUGGUAAUGCCCUUUACGCUGCUUCUUUGAAAGGACACAUUGAGAUUGUGCAGAGGUUGCUAGAGAAAGGAGCUGACGUCAGUGCUCAAGAUGGAUUCCAUGGAAAUGCUCUCUACGCUGCUUCUGAAGGAGGACAUGUUGACGUUGUCCAAGUACUGCAGAAGUAUGUAUGA